AUGUCUCAAAACGAUAACGUUGCUCAUGCUCUGUCUGGUGCCGGUGGCGGUGCCCUGGCAAUGGUCGUCACGUAUCCACUGAUUACGCUGUCGACCCGGGCCCAGACAGAGUCGCGCAAAGAGAAGACCGGCAAGAAGGUGUCCGCAGUUGACGCAGCCAAGGCCAUCGUUCAGCGCGAGGGUAUCUCUGGGCUCUACGCAGGCCUGGACUCGGCUCUCUUUGGUAUCACUAUUACCAAUUUCAUCUAUUACUACUUCUACGAGGGCACCAAGAACCUGUACGAGGCGCCGGCUGGCCAACUGACCACCCUGCAAUCCAUGUCAGCAGGUGCCAUUGCUGGCGCAGCUACGUGUAUCUUCACCAACCCCAUCUGGGUGGUGAACACCCGCAUGACCGUGCGUGACGGUAGCGCCCAGCCUUCCACUUUGGCCACUGUCAAGGACAUUUAUGAGCGCGAUGGCCUCAAGGCGUUCUUCUCUGGCCUGGGCCCUGCAUUGGUUUUGGUCAUUAAUCCCGUUUUGCAGUACACCAUUUUUGAGCAGCUGCGCAAUGCUGUCGAGAAGAAUCGCAAAAUGACUUCCAUCGACGCCUUUUUCAUCGGUGCCCUGGGUAAGAUCAUCGCCACAAGCGUCACCUACCCCUACAUCACCCUCAAGGCUCGUUUGCAGCUGCGCCGCAAGGACAAUACCGCGUCUUCGAGUCUGAUUCAGGGCAUUAAAGACAUUGUUGCCCGUGACGGUUUGGCCGGCCUGUACGGUGGCCUGACCACCAAGGUCCUACAGUCCGCCCUCACAUCCGCCUUCCUGUUCUUCUUCAAGGAGCAGCUUUAUGCUAUUGCCAUUGCUAUUUUGGCUAUUUUACGUCGUACUAAGUAA